AUGAGUCAAUUUUAUGAAAACCAAAGUUCCAGUUAAACUUAGAUUAGGUAUUACUACCAAUGCUAUCUAAAGACAGAAAACAGCUUUGGAAAAUAUUAUCAAUUAAAAAAAUAAACCAAAAUCAAAAUAGCCAUCCAGAAAUCAAAUUCUUAUUAAACAAUCUAAACCUUAGACCUGCAUAGAUAUAUCUUAGAAUAAUAUUUCUAGUCCAAAAUAAGAUUAAAAUAUAGUUAAAACAUCUUUGCUUUAAGAUAUUGGCAAUAUUGAUUUAGAAAUUCAAAAAAUGACACAUGAAUAUUAAACACCUGUUAAUAAAACUUUGAUUAGGAAUUCUAAUAAUGAAUUUAAUAAUAUUAAAGUUAUUACUCAUCAAUUAAAUAAAAUAGAUGUUACGAAGUCAGAUUAGAAAAUUUUAAAUUCUCAUGAUAAUUAAUAAACUAAACCUAAUCAAUUUUCUGAAAUUUCAUAUUCAAAAUUAGCAGAAUCUAUGAAGAAUUAUUCAAACUAAAAAAAAGUAGUUGAAGUUAAAAUUACAGAUAAACCUAAAAUCAAACCCUAUAAUAUUCUAUCAACUAAAAAUUAAUCUGAACUCCACAUUAAAUAAAUUAAAACUAAUGAAAUUAAUAACUCAUAAAAUUUAAUGAAGUAAUUUCAUUUUUUUCAUAUUUUAGACCUGUAAAGACUAAAAUUGAUAGAUUAUCUUCAAAAAUUAAUUCAGAAAGAAAUAAACCUUCUUAAAUUAAACCAAUUUUAAAGUAGACCUCUUUUCAUGCAUAAAAAAUUUGUUCAACUUAAGUUAAUUUGAAUCCAAAUGUAAUUCAAAUCUUAUAAUAUAAGAUUUCUAAUCCUGUGUAUAAUGAAAUUAAGAAUAAUAUUAAUGAUGAUCAUAACUUAGAUAAAGCUGUUAAAAUUUAUAAUACUUUAAAACAACUAGUUAAUUAAAAUUCUAUAUUUCAACAUAAAGUAAAUAAAUAAAAAGAACAUAAAAAUCAAAUGCAUCUAUGA